AGUACGUAUAGGUGGUCGUGACGCACCUUUUACGUAAACAGAACAGGGAAGUUGUUAACACGGGAGUUAAAAUGGCCGUACAUUGUAAACUGGACUGGGGAAGAUAGAAAACAACAGCUGGGCGUGUCCAUAUACACGACAAUAUGGACAGAACAAUAGCAAUAGUAUUUCUCCAAGGUUUGUGUUCCUAUACUUCCGCGUACACAGCCACCUAUUGUUCAGCACAGGACGGAACGGCACUAGAAGUAUACUGUAGUUAUGGCUGUUGUGGUAACUUCUCCAGGACGACACCAUGUUGUACGGCGGAUGAAGACUCUUCAGCAUCUAUACCACCGUUCAGUAUAUUCUUUUAUGCGCUAACCGUCUUCAUUCUGUUUCUGCUGAUUGUGUGUUGUGUGGGUAGAGUUGCCCGACUGAAGAACCGACAACCAAGCGCAGCAGCACUGCCAGGAGGACGUCAAUCUGUCCGAUCUGGCUCACGCUCACAGAGGAGAGUUACAACUGAUCUGAGUCGGACAUUAGUUAUAGCAACGAUUGAAAAUUUGAUCAGAAUUGGACGGCAGUCAAGCGAGUCAAAUCAAAACACUGACGAGCCAGUUCAUCCAAUCACCGACGUGCCUUUGUCCCCGCCAAGUUACUACGACGCAAUGAAAACUUCUCCACCAGAUCUGCCGCCGCCAUAUUCCGAAGUUGUGAAUGAAAAUCUUAAUUCUCCACCGGUUGAUGCCCAGGGGUAAAAUUGUGUCCAAUGGUCCACCGAUAAAACUGUGCCUAGUUAUAAAGUACCAAAAGGUGACCUCCCCCUAUGGGUUUUGUGUAUAAUGUUUGAAGUUGCAACUUUGGCGAUGUACACAAUUCCACACCGAAUGUAUAAAAUGACUGUUAAAACAUUGCCAACAAAAAUGUAUUUAUUGUAUCAAAAUGGUUGUCAUAGUUACAUGUAAGUUCUUGCUUAUUUCUGCGAAAAUUAUCAGAAUAAUAUUAGUGCCAAAAUAAUUGCUCUUCUUCAAUGAUAGAUGUGCUAGUAUCUUUAAAGGUAAAUUGGCUUGUGUCAUUUGUCCUGCUUUAACAUUCUUUAUCUACAGCCCGACCAUAUAAUGCGUAGCUCCAAAAAGUCACAUUUUAAGAUAUAGUCGACGUGAAAUGACAAUGAGAUGUGCUAUAUUUACCUCACAUGAUUUCGUAAUGUUGCAAACAAAUUCACAUAAUAGUGGGGAUAGAAAGAACCGACCGAGAAGUUUUUAUCUUUAUUCUCGACCAUGUUAAAUCUUGUAUAAAAUGCGAAUAUUAGAUAAUUGAAGCUUUUGAAUGAUAAGGGUCAUAGCAAAUAUAGGAUCUCUUGUAUUGUGACUGUCCUACAUACAGUUUCUGCACUCCCUUUCAGUCUCUCCCAGAAUGCAUAGCGGCCCACUUUACAGCAAUCUCUCCCAGAGUGCAUUGCGGUUCCCUUCAUAACGGGAACCGCAAUGCACUCUGGGAGAGAUUGACUUUGCAGCACGUGAAUGUAGCA